UUAAAUCCUCCCGCUCGUCCGCCACCGCCCACUUCCCAAGUGUGACGUAUGCUGUUACGUAACAACACGGUCCAGGUCCAUCAUCCAGUCCGCGCGCAGCGACAGUCCCGAUCAUUACAGUCAACAGUCAACACGCACAGGACGCAGAAAUCAUGAGGGACGUGAACGUUACUGUGGCCGAAGAGGAGACCGGGUCCGGGUCCGGGUCCGGGUCCGACGAGCUCAUCUUCUUUGUGAACGGCAAGAAGAUUGUAGAGAGAAAUGCAGACCCUGAGAUGACCCUGCUGACGUACCUGAGGAGGAAAUUGGGUUUGACAGGAACCAAGCUGGGCUGCGCUGAGGGCGGCUGUGGAGCCUGUACUGUCAUGUUAUCCAGAUACCAAACACACACUCAGCAGCUGCUUCACUACGCCAUCAACGCCUGUCUCGCUCCCGUCUGCUCCCUGCAUCUGGUCGCCGUGACGACGGUGGAGGGCAUCGGCAGCGUGGCGAGAAAGCUACAUCCCGUGCAGGAGCGAAUAGCGCGGGCUCACGGCUCUCAGUGUGGUUUCUGCACGCCGGGGAUCGUCAUGUCCAUGUACGCUCUGCUGAGAAACAACCCCGCUCCCAAAAUGGCCGACGUGGAGGAGGCCUUCCACGGAAAUCUGUGUCGCUGCACGGGAUACAGACCCAUACUGGACGGUUUCAGGACUCUGACUGUGGAGGGCGGAUGCUGCGGAGGCAGGGGGCGGGACAACGGCUGCUGCAUGACCAAUCGGAGCGCAGCAGAGAAAAGCUCCGAGGACGACGCCGGCGAAGCCUCCGGUCUGUUUGAUACCGCAGACUUUGCGCCCUUUGACCCCACACAGGAAGUCAUCUUCCCCCCUGAGCUCAUGUCUCUCUCCAAAGGUCAAAGGUCGGCCUCGCUGCGUUUCCGUGGCGAGAGGGCGGCGUGGCUGCAGCCCGGCAGCCUCGACGAGUUUCUGCGUCUGAAAUGGGAACAUCCAGACGCCCGAGUGGUGGUGGGAAACACUGAAGUGGGCAUCGAGGUGAAGUUUAAGAACAUGCUGUACCCGAUCAUCUUGGCUCCUGCCUUCAUUCCUGAGCUCACCUCAGUGACGCACACUGAAGACGGCGUCGCGUUCGGUGCAGCGUGCUCCCUCAGCCACAUGGGGGCGGUGCUGAAGCAGGCCGUGCAGGCUCUUCCUCCUCAUCAGACCGAAGUCUUCCUCGCUGUCCUGGAACAACUGCGCUGGUUCGCUGGACUGCAGAUCCGUAACGUAGCAGCUAUUGGUGGGAACAUCAUGACAGCCAGCCCCAUAUCAGAUCUUAACCCUGUUUUUAUGGCAGCAGGCUGCAAACUCACCCUGAUGGAUAAAGAUGGCAGUCGUGUGGUUCAGAUGGACGACAGGUUCUUCACUGGCUACAGGAAGACGACCGUGCGACCACAGGAAGUCCUGCUGUCCAUCGAGAUCCCAUACAGCAAGAAGAAUCAGUUCGUCUCCGCCUACAAACAGUCGCCUCGACGGGAGGAUGACAUCAGCACCGUUACCGCGGCGAUGAGCGUCACCUUCACUCCUGGGACUGACGUCGUCGAGGACUUGAGGCUCAGCUACGGCGGCAUGGCGGCGACCACGGUGCUGGCGAAGCAGACGGCGAAGAGACUGCAGGGAAGGCGGUGGGGGGAGGAGCUACUGCAGGAGGCUUGCUCCUCAUUGGCUGAGGAGAUGACCCUCGACCCCUCUGCGCCGGGCGGCAUGGUGACGUACCGGCGAACUUUGACCCUCAGCCUCUUCUACAAGUUCUACCUGACGGUGCUGCAGAAGCUCAGAGCGCAGGGUGUGAAUGUGCAGGAGGUCGGCUCAGACUGCCUGAGUGCUGCAGAGGUUUACCAUCCAGAGACGCCGUCCAGCGUUCAGCUCUACCAGGAGGUGCCGGAGGGGCAGAGCGUGGACGACGCCGUGGGCCGUCCCAUGAUGCACCUGUCGGCUCUGAAGCAGGCGACGGGCGAGGCGGUUUACUGCGAUGACGUACCGCUGUACGAGAACGAGCUCUACCUGGCGCUCGUCACCAGCAGCAAAGCACACGCCAACAUCCUCUCUGUGGACACCUCAGCAGCGGAGCAUAUGCCUGGCGUUGUCUGCUUUGUGUUUGCUGAGGACGUCCCCGGCAGUAACGCCACCGGACCCGUUGUAUACGACGAGACCGUCUUCGCCCACCGUCAGGUGUGUUUUUGUUUGACUGACCAAUCAGGUGAGGUCAGGUUGAUGACCGGGCUCCUGAUGUUUUCCUUCUGUCUGCAGGUGACCUGUGUGGGUCACAUCAUCGGCGCUGUGGUGGCUGACACUCAGCUUCACGCUCAGAGAGCUGCUAAAGCCGUCAAGAUCCAGUAUGAAGAGCUGCAGCCGAUCGUCACCAUCCAGGAAGCCAUCGCUGCCCAGUCCUUCUAUCAGCCAAUCAGAACCAUUCAGAAGGGAGACCUGGAGGCGGGAUUUAAACAGGCCGACCACAUCCUGGAGGGUGAGAUGCACAUUGGAGGUCAGGAACAUUUUUACCUGGAGACAAACGUCACUCUGGCUGUUCCCCGAGGAGAAGACGGAGAGAUGGAGCUCUUCGUUUCUACUCAGUCUGCCUCCAAAACACAGUCUCUUGUGGCGAAGGCGCUGGGCAUCCCUGCUAACAGGGUGGUGGUCCGGGUGAAGAGGAUGGGUGGAGGCUUCGGAGGAAAGGAGAGCCGGACCACCAUAUUGACCACAGUGGUUGCCGUGGCAGCAAACAAGCUGAAGAGGCCUGUGAGGUGUAUGUUGGACAGGGACGAGGACAUGUUGGUCACUGGAGGAAGACACCCCUUCUAUGGAAAAUACAAGGUGGGUUUUCUGAACAGCGGUAAGGUCGUGGCUCUGGACGUGUCCUACUACAGCAACACUGGAAACUCCAUGGACCUCUCGCUGUCGGUCUUGGAGCGCGCUCUGUUCCACAUGGAGAACUCGUACAGCGUGGCCAACAUACGUGGCCGUGGUUUCCUGUGUCGCACCAACCUGACGUCCAACACAGCGUUCAGGGGCUUUGGAGGGCCACAAGGCAUGAUGAUCGCUGAGAGCUGGAUAACGGACGUGGCUCAGAGUCUGGGCAGGCCAGCCGAGGAGGUGCGUCGCUUGAACCUGUAUGUGGAAGGGGAUUUGACACCUUACAAUCAGAUCCUGGAUAAGUUUACUUUGGACCGCUGCUGGGACGAGUGCCUGACACGCUCCAGAUACCAGGAGCGCCGAGCCGCCAUCGACCUCUACAACAGACAGAACCGGUGGACCAAACGAGGCCUCGCCAUCGUCCCCACCAAGUUUGGCAUCAGCUUCACCGCCGUCUUCCUCAACCAGGCUGGAGCGCUGGUUCACAUCUACACUGACGGGUCGGUGUUGUUGACCCACGGCGGGACGGAGAUGGGACAGGGUCUCCACACCAAGAUGGUCCAGGUUGCCAGCAGGGUUCUGGGUAUCCCCUGUUCAAAGAUCCACAUCACAGAGACCAGCACCAACACGGUCCCCAACACCAGCCCCACCGCCGCCUCUGCAUCCUCAGACCUCAAUGGAGCCGCCGUGCAGAACGCCUGCGAGAUCCUCAUGAAACGCCUGGAAUCGUACAAGACCAAGAACCCCAAAGGAUCAUGGGAGGACUGGGUGAGGGCGGCGUAUUUCGACAGAGUGAACCUCAGCGCCAACGGAUUUUACAAGACUCCAGAUCUCGGUUACGACUUUGACUCAAACUCAGGCCGAGCGUUCAGCUACUUCAGCUACGGCGUGGCCUGUUCGGAGGUGGAGAUCGACUGUCUGACCGGAGCUCACAAGAACCUGAGCAGCACCAUCGUGAUGGACGUCGGUCACAGCCUCAACCCGGCGAUAGACAUCGGACAGGUGGAGGGGGCCUUCAUGCAGGGCCUGGGUCUCUUCACGCUGGAGGAGCUUCAUUAUUCGCCUCAGGGUGUCCUUCUCACUCGGGGUCCUGGUUCUUACAAGAUCCCGGCCUUCGGUGACAUCCCCACCCACCUUACUGUCUCACUGCUCCGCGACGCUCCCAAUGACAAGGCCAUCUUCGCCUCCAAGGCUGUGGGCGAGCCUCCUCUCUUUCUGGCAGCGUCGGUUUUCUACGCCAUCAAAGACGCCAUCAGUGCCGCCCGGGCGGAGUCAGGCCUCAGCGGUCCCUUCAGGCUGGACAGCCCCGCGUCCGCCGAGAGGACCCGCAACGCCUGCUGCGACCGCUUCACCAAACUGUGUCCUCCUGCUCAGCCUGGCAGCUUCACCUCCUGGUCUGUACAGGUGUAGGAUGAGCUCUGAAUCAGCGACACAUCUCUGAUUCAGAGCUUUGAGCCCAUGAAACCACAUUCAGUAAAGCACUCAGGGAAUAAAAACACAGUUUGAAAAAUGCUUCAUGAAUCAGACGUGGAGGCACGUGAGAGAUUUUCCUGUCAUUUCAGCUCGGCUCAGCCAGUGCGACUUGCCUGAGCCGACUGUUGAAACUGAUGGUGUGCACACAGGAUGAGAUGUCAUGUGAAUGAACCGUGGAUGAAAUGUCCUACACAGAAUUAUUGUGCUGUAAAUGAAAUAAAACCUUUAAAAGCUCGA